AUGCACCUGUUGACUGGGGACAAGUCUGCAUGCUCAAGAAUGGACAAAGUUGCUGCGAUGAAGUCUGAUACUCUGCUUCAUUUGGAGGACAACAGAAGAGCAGAGGAGAGGAGCAGGUUGAACUGUGUAGACUUACCUCAGACCAGUUUAACAGACGGACGGAGCACAAACCUGCUGCAAUGCCAGGACACCACUGGAAACAGCUCUACUAUCCAGUACAGAAGAUAUGGGUCUCGUCUGGGUGGGGUCAAAGUUCGCCACAAGAGACAGGUGCUGCAGGACAUGGCCCGACCCCUGAAACAUUGGCUGUACAAACACCGGGACAACCCUUACCCCACCAAGACUGAGAAGGUCCUGCUGGCUCUGGGCUCACAUAUGACAUUAGUACAGGUUUCCAACUGGUUUGCAAAUGCCCGGCGGAGGCUGAAAAACACAGUGAGACAGCCAGACCUUAGCUGGGCCCUGAGGAUCAAACUUUAUAAUAAAUACAUCCAGGGAAAUGCCGAAAGGCUGAGUGUAUGCAGCGAUGACAGCGACUCAGAUGAAGAAGUGUGCCCCUUACAAACUCCUAUAAGCCAGUCCAACUUUGGCAGGUCGUCUUCCCACAAGAGCGCGCUCGAGAAACAGAGUACUGUCCUCGCCAUGGCUGACUCCCCCAACAGUGACGAAAGCACGUCGCCUCCUUCCAAAUACAAGAGCGGUUUACUGAAUCGGUAUCUGAACGACACCCUGCGUCACAUGAUGGCAGCGAAGGCUGAUGGGGUCACCUCGUCCCGCAAUAGGAGGAGUCACUCUGAGUCGUUCAGCUCGAACGAAUGUGACCGAGAUGUUGUCUCUCCGGCCUCGUCCUACGAAACGGAGACCAACUUUGUCUACCACAUGGAUACAAUGGAAUAUACAUCAAGUAAAUGUGACAGGGACCAGCAGCAGGACCGAGGCCAGCAGAUACAAGAUGACCAAGGCUGGCGGGAGAUCCACGCCGCCGUGGCUCUGACCAACUUGGCCCAGGGUCAGAGCCACACAGGAGGCCAGAGCAUCGUCAAGGUGCCGAUCGCUGCCACAGGGCAGAGCUGCACCCGGGAGCCCUUCUCCCUAACACGAACCACUAUCAUAGACAGGAUGUGUGUUACAGAACCCACCUCUGCACUGAGGCAGAGCAGCACCGUCGGGCCCGCUCUCACCAGCCGCAUCAUCCAGAAGUCCUCUCAUAUCUCUGAGGUCCAGACUGUCAAAGUGGCCCUGGCAAACAGUGUGUAG